AUGGCGUUGCACAUUGCCUAUGAUCUCGCCAAUCAAUGUGGCACAUGGAACAAUAUGAGAACAGAACAUGAUGAUGGAAUUUCUUGGAUCUCCUGUUUUGAUCCUAUGCCAGCUUGGACACCUCCCCAAGAUCAGCUGUGCUCACCAAAAACAGUGACAUUCUCCUCUGAAAUCAGCGUUUACCAUGCUUACGAGGAUGAGAUCGGAAACUACAUCAGCUAUGCCACCAAGAAUCAAGUUGAGUUGCAUCCACAACAAUGCCAUCUCACUGACAACCACAUGAGACCAGCUCAAGACCGCUUUCGAGAUGAGUUUCAGCCUCGAAGACCACCUGAUGCACAUGCCCAUGCGCUUGCACAUCAACCAGACUUUGUGCAAGAAUUAGCUGCCACCCUUCACCAUGAGGGCACCUUCGAUCCACGCAGGCAGGAGCGCUAUAUCAAGGUCCUUACAUGGUACAUACAUGGGAUUGACAGACGAGAAUGCAGAAUGGCAAGAAGUGUGCGUCUCACAGAGGACUUCACAACAUGGCCACAAACCAUCCUCGAGGAAUGGAGAGGAAUCCUGCGACCACAGCAAGCUGUCACCUUCUUUGUCGCAGAACCUGAACCGCCCAUUGCUGAAUGGGAAGACCACCAUGCACAGCUGAUUCUUGUGCAGGCCCCACAGCAUUUUGAAAGAGCCGUCUUGUUCAGCUCGGUCUUCCAUGCACAUCAACAAGUUGCCUUUCAACGCAUUGCCAGAUUCUGCCUUUCAGAAGUGCAUCUACAAGAAUGCAUCGACAACGCAGAAGUUCCUAGGCAAGUACGGCAACGGCCUAUUCAGGCUUUCUAUGGCUGGCGUCCCAUUUUGAUGCCUCCACAGCCGCGCACUGAGCUCAGAGAUGGAGCGGCAGUUGUACUGCAUGUGCGACAAGCACCUGAAACGAUUGGCCAAUAUGAGAGGUAUCCAUUUGACUUUCUUUGGCAAGAAGAUGGCUAUGUGCCGCAACACACUGCACAUCGCACCAGAAGUCGAUCACCACGACGUCCACACCAAGAAAGCGAUGAUGAAGCCUCUCUUUUAGCCCAUCAACCGCUACAAACUCGACCUGUGCCUGCAUUGACUGACAACCCGGAUGUUGUGCAAGAUGACAACAUGAUCAAUGAGGAUUCAGAUGAGGACACAGAGUCCAGCGCAUCAGCAUCGACCUAUGAUAGCAAUGAACCCUCAAGCUUCUUCAACAUUUUCCAAUUGAAAUCGCCUAUGUUUGCUGCACGUGUGCGUACAGACAGCUGGCCACUUGCAUACAGCCAGAUCAGACACAUCAUUGGACUUGAUCGACACGACAUCCAGUAUAUCCACAUGGUCACCCACAGGCCUGCUGACCUGUAUGCAGCUGGCACUCAUGUGGCGCUGGUACAACGAGUCAAUGAUUUGAGUCCUGGUGACCACAAGCGCAUUGUCCUGGUUGACGUAGUUUUCCAUGAGCAUGAUGCGGCUGAAACCACCACGCACCGGUAUGCAACAUUGAUGCGAAAGGAUAUGACAAGGCACAAAGGCUCUACGACCAAGGGACAACAGACUUUGAAUGGGAAACAGUCCCUGCCCAUCAUCAAGAAGAUCAAGAUGCACUGGAUCUUCUUCAAAGGCAAACAACCAGGUGCGCGCACUGACCACAUUGCGGCGUUCUGUCGUUGCUGCUUUGAGAAGUCCAGCAUAAAUCGACUGCAUUUGCCAGCUCAAGAAAGCCGGAAACCAACACGACAUGAAAUGGCUGCACAAGUACGAGAUCCUGCCGUACAGGCUUUCCUCUACCAGACCUUGAGGGACCACACGACGGAAGAGCAGCAGAAGCCGCAAUAUCGAUGUGAUCAAUGUGAUAUGGUGUUUGAUUCAGCUCAUGCGCGAGGUUCCCAUGCCUAUCAAGUGCAUGGGAUGAUGUCAGCAGAACGGCCCUAUGUCCAGUCCACUGUCUGUCCAGGCUGCCUGAAAGACCACCAUACAACUUGGCGCGUACGACAACACCUCAAGUACCGCCAAAAUGGAUGCUGGGACAGGAUACAUGGAGCUCGACUACCUGGUGAACCCUGCACCAUUGUCCUGCCCAAGCAUCUACAACAUGUGCAACGGCUCCCAGCUGUGAGAAGGCACCUAGGGCCUAUACGCCCCACCAGCAUCCAAAGACAACGAAUCCAGCUCCGACAGCGCAUCACAGCACUUCGAGCAGCUGGACAAGAAGAAUAUGCUUGGUGGCACCCAGAGCGAGACCCGGCACUGGCUGAGAGAGCUUGUGCAGUCUUUACAGCUGGACUGCACCAAUGGUGCCAACAUGAAGCUCCAACCAACAUUGAGUUUCAAGACAUCAUGUUUGGCAAAAUCUUUCAGCUUGGCAUCCCUGACCUUUUGGGUGGGCGCCUCUUUGUCCACUGGAUUGAGACUCGAUUCUAUGACGAAUGGCCCAACGACCUCGACCCCGAGCUCAUCGACAUUCUGGAGAUCGCUUACAUGCAGAUGUUGGAUGAUAUUCCAGCGUGGCAGAGCCGCUGUGAGAUGAAGAAGCUCACAAACCUGUGGAUGCAUCUCCCUCCUGAUGAGCCGGAGAUCCCACCCAGGCAACCUCCUUUGACGCAGAAGCCAAGAUCACGAAUCCACGAGAUAUGCGCACCUUACAACUUGAUGGGACAACACGAACAGCAAAGGCGCCUAUGGAAACUAUUUGCUGCUCCGCGACCACAAGUUCCAGCCAAACGAGGUCCCUACUACAUUGUGCACCUCUAUUCAGGGCGACGUAGGCCUCUGGAUUUUCACGCUGCUGUUGAGGAGCUUCUCCCACGCUUUGCGCAUCUGGAGAUCCGCGUCCUCUCCAUUGACACAGCGAUCAAUGCGGAGUUCAACGUCCAUGACACGAAAUUGUGGGGCUUCCUGGUUGACGCAGCCCGUGCAGGGCGCAUUCUGGGCCUUUUACAGGGCCCACCAUGCGAAACCUGGACCGCUGCGAGGCACCACCAGCAGCUGGACUCCGAUGGUCGAGCUCUACGAGGCCCGAGACCUCUCCGGUCAACACAGGACCUGUGGGGACUUGCGCUCCUUUCCUGCCGAGAGCUUGAGCAGAUCUAUGUCGGUAACGUGCUGCUCUUAAAAGGGAUACUCCUUGCGUGCCUGGUGACCAUCAGCGGCGGUGCCACAUUUCUCGAGCAUCCAUCAAUGCCGUUCCAAGAUGAAAUCUCGAGCAUAUGGCGAUCAGGGCUCCUUUGUCUCCUUCAUCGUCCACCGCAUGGCCCCUUCAAGCGAGUGAGUGCUGAGCAGUGGCGUUUUGGUAGCUGUGGAGUCAAGCCUACCACUUUUCUUUAUUCAAAUUCAAAUUUGCCACGAGCCCUUGAGAUGUGCGUGGACCAGACGGCUAAGCGUCCGACUGCCCACCUCAUCGGGCGCAAUACAGAUGGUUCUUAUAGAACUGCCAAAGCCAAGGAAUACCCGGCACAGCUCAACAGAGCUUUCGCACAGGCCAUUUUUGCGGCCAUGACACGAUGGUCGAUGGCGCCGGGAGCGGCAGAGGCCGAGAGCUUUGGCAAAGAAUUGGCGAGGAAAUCAGCCAGCAUUGAGUGCGGUGAGAUUUUCCCUGACUAUCAGCCAUUGGGUUAG